AGCAAAUUGAACACACUUUAGAUAAAAUACACUGACUUUUAAAGGGAGCAUGGCAGUAUAAAACAGACAAACAUACAUAGAACAUAUUUCACUACUAUCCUGGCACUGGGCCCUAUUGUUUAAUUCUUCUUAAUUAUCUAUAUAUAUAACAGUAGCAUAACACCCAACUUCUUUUCAAUGGAAGGUGAGAUGUAUAUAGCUACACUAUGAUGAUUGUGUGUAGCUAACUAGUACUUUCAAGGUGAAAUGUGGAAGAGAUUGGACUAAAUAUGAGCAGUUUCAUGGUGAAAUGUGGAUAUUAAAUAGAUAGGAAUUUCCCCCUAUUAUGCAGCUGCUGGCCUCCAGAACAGUGGAGAAUAUUCCACGCUACUUUUUGGUGACUCUCGCUACAAUGACGGAAGACCGGAACAUGAAGUUCAAUCACAGCGUAGAUGUUGCAAGUGUGUAAUUCUUUGAGUGUGCUCUUCUCCGUAUUUUUAACCCUCUUUCGAAGCAUAUCAUAGCUGCGCAAGCACCACUUGAAAUGUGCGCAUGCGCUGAAUCAGUACUUGCGCAUGCUCACACGAUCACUGAGGGGUCAAAGUCGAGACGAGACGACCAGACGCUGCAAUGGGGGCGAAUUUCUCAACCAUGUCGCUGGUAAGGGCUACUCACUUGGCGUGCUUCUCUGCCUGGUACGGAACGCAGAUAUGGGUAACCUUCUUCGCCGGUUUGACCAUGAUCAGGUACCUGCCUCGUCACACAUUUGGCUACAUGCAGAGCAAGCUGUUUCCAAAGUACUUCAUGUUGGGUGUGGCUUUGUCCGGCAUCUCCCUGGCAACUUUCCUCAUCGAUAACCCAAUCAGCAGCAGUUGGAGCUUUGAGCAAAAACUGCAGGCUGCUUCUCACCUCAUCAGCUUUCUUCUGGUGUCCGGCAACGCUUUCUACCUGUCUCCCCAGACCACAAAUGUAAUGUUUGAGAAACACAAGUUGGAGAAGGAGGAGCAUGCGGGGCAGGCAAUUGGUGCGGUGGAGGAGGACAAGGCGGCCAAACUGAGGCAAAACAAACGCUACGUCGAGCUGGAGAGAAGUUUUUCGAGGCUACAUGGCUACUCGGUCCUCUUUGCUCUGUCUUCGCUGCUCUCUCACACUGUUAACAUCUGGUUCCUGGCAGCUCAUCUGCGCCACACCUGAAUUGUUCCAUAAAUCUAGCUAAAACUGACUUGUAAUAAUUAUUUUGUUUGUGUGUCUCAACUGUCAGCUGUGUAGUUAUUUACAUAUUAAAUAUUCAUUAGUGAAAUCUGAUCUAACUUCUAGCCAUAAUUAAAUGGAAUUCCAGACUAACAGCUCAUGGGUUUAGGUAUUAUAGUCUCAUGCCCAGCCACCCCAACCCUAAGCCUUCUCGUUGUGGGUGGGGCGGCUGGGCACAAGACUAGGGUUUAGAGGUAUUAUUAACCCUCGGCGCGCAUGCGCAGCGAGGGUUACUG